UUCUGAAGAAGCUGAUGACUUUACUGUCUCAUUUAUUUUUUUCUUUCAGAAUGGGUUCUGGGUGGGUUCUUUGGAUGGUGGCUCUGCUAGUGAGUAUAAGUAGCCUGGAUUCCUCCAUGACUCAAGGCAGAGACUCUCCAGAAGAUUUUGUGAUUCAGGCAAAGGCUGACUGUUACUUCACCAAUGGGACAGAGAAGGUGCAGUUUGUGGUGAGAUUCAUUUUUAACUUGGAAGAGUAUGCACAUUUCGACAGUGAUGUGGGAAUGUUUGUGGCAUUGACAGAGCUGGGGAAGCCUGAUGCUGAGCUGUGGAACAAUCGGCCAGAUAUAUUAGAGAGGAUUAGAGCUUCUGUGGAUACACUCUGCAGGCAUAACUACAAGCUGGGUGCACCUUUCACAGUGGGGAGAAAAGUGCAACCAGAGGUGACGGUGUAUCCAGAGAAGACCCCAUCCCUGCAGCACCACAAUAUGCUGCUUUGCUCUGUGACAGGUUUCUAUCCAGGGGACAUCAAGAUCAGAUGGUUCCGGAAUGGGCAGCAGGAGAGAGUGGGGGUGAUGUCCACUGGCCUUAUCAGUAAUGGAGACUGGACCUUUCAGACAAUGGUGAUGCUGGAAAUGACUCCUGAACUUGGAGAUGUCUACACCUGCCUUGUUAAUCAUCCCAGCCUGCUGAGCCCUAUUUCUGUGGAGUGGAGAGCUCAGUCUGCAUAUUCUUGGAGAAAGAUGCUAAGUGGAAUUGCAGCUUUCCUGCUUGGGCUGAUCUUCCUUUUGGUGGGGACUGUCAUCUGCCUCAGGGCUCAUAAAGGAUAUGUGAAGACUCAGUUGUCUGCUGAUGAGGUCUCAAGAGCAGUUCCCUCACCAGAGCCGUGCUAAGGUCCCAAUCGGAGCUUCUUGCCCUGGAGACUGAAAUAGCACUGAAUGACUUGAGUCCGAAUGAUUGAGUGAAACACUCUCAUGAGGUCUGUGUUCUGGAGUUACUUCUAAUGAGUCCUUGGAGGAGACCUGACCUGAUUCUAGAGUUCUGUGUUCUGAGAUCAUCUCUCAUGCUUCUGUCCUUCUUCCUCCUCCUUGCAUGUUCCAUUAGUCCCCAUUUCCAAGGACAGUGUGCAGAAAUGCAGAAAUUCCCCCCAAAGCUGACUCCCACCAGCCCUAACCUAUGUACCUCCUAUGGUCCAGCCCUAACUUUGUGAGUUAUCUGCAUGUCUUCCUCUUUCCAACUGCGCUCUCCACUGUUUCCAGAAGACAAAUGCUAGAGGCACAAUUUCCUUUUCACUGUUUUAUGAACUUUAUAUUGUAAAAUAAAACUGAGAUACAGAUAACCACACAAAAUGUAGAAUUAAUUAUUUAAGGCAAAACUCCUGUCAUCACCACUCAGGUCAAGAAAUAGAACUUUACCAGGAAGGGCAGGAGUUUCCAUGUACUUUAUGCCAAGCAACCUCUUCUCCCUC